AUGAUGUGGGGCGUCGCCGCCGCCGUCGCCUCCGCGGCCGCCGUCGCCGUGGCCUCCGUCGCCGAGCUCCUCGCCUGCGACUGCGCCCCCACGGAGCCCGCCGCCGCCGUCGCCGUCGCCGUCGGCAGAUGCGACGAGUUCCUCCUCCGCCAGCGGGUACGGGAAUCCCCGGCGUCGAGCGGGGGGAGCGGCGGCCGGGACGACAAGUUCGCGCCGCGGUUCGACGGGCUGCGCUUCAUCGAGACGCUCGUCACGGCGCACCGCUGA